AUGGUUACCAUUAACGUUUGCAAAAAAGGAAAUAAUGUUCCUUAUGGUAUCAUUGUAUUGGCUCAUUAUGUUAAUCGCCAAUCAAAUGCUGCAUCACAAACGCUUGAUAUUCAAUGGCACGAAGAAAGUAAUGAUGUUAAUUCUUUUGUGAUUCUAAAGGAUGACAACGACGACGUAAUUGGAACAAAUAAUGUUGCAAGACAUUUGGGUAAUACUUAUAAAGAUUUGGGUUUAUAUGGAAAUAAUCCGGGAUCUACGACUUUGAUUGAUCAUUGGGUAGAUUAUGCUGCGGAUAAAUUGGGAACCAAUGAUUUCAAAACUCUUGAAGUGGCAUUUGAUGAAAUGGAUCAUCAUCUUACUUUAAGAACCUUUUUUGUCAGUUAUAAAUUAUCUUUGGCUGACAUUAUUUUAUGGGGAGCUUUGAAAAAUUCGGCAGUUUUUAAUAGCCAGCUUAAAGCUGGGAAGGAAGCAGGAGGUCCUUAUUUAACAAGAUGGUUUAAUUAUAUUAGUUCGUUGGAUUUUAUUCAACAAGGAACAAAUUGGGUUACUCAAACCGCCAAAUCAAAAACAUCCAAAGUUGGGAAGGAUCAACCAAACAUGAAUAUCGGUUUAGUAGAUGCCAAAAUUGGAGAAGUGGUCACUAGGUUUCCACCAGAACCCUCUGGAUAUUUACAUAUCGGACAUGCUAAAGCUGCGAUGUUGAAUCAAUAUUUUGCCAAAGAGUAUAAAGGAAAAAUGAUUGUUAGAUUUGAUGAUACUAAUCCCUCAAAGGAAAAGGAAGAAUUUGAGGAUAGUAUUAAGGAGGAUCUAGAAUUGCUUGGAAUUCGUCCUGAUCAAGUUACUUAUACAUCCGAUCAUUUUGAUGAAUUGUAUCAGUAUGCAAUCAAGAUUAUUGAAAAAGGAUUAGCUUACGUUGAUGAUACUGAUGUCGUCACUAUGAGACAACAACGUAUGGAUGGCAUCCCUUCGAAAAAUAGAGAAAUAUCUGUUGAAGAAAAUCUAAAAAGGUUUCAAGAAAUGAUUAAAGGAACUGCAUUUGGAUUAAAUUGUUGCCUUAGAGCAAAAAUUGACAUGUCAAACCUAAAUAAAGCUUUACGUGAUCCAGUAAUUUAUAGGUGUAACAUAUUACCUCAUCAUCGUACCGGGAAUAAAUGGAAGGUUUAUCCAACAUAUGAUUUUGCAUGUCCAAUCGUAGAUGCAGUAGAAGGCGUAACACAUGCGUUGAGAACUAAUGAAUAUCGAGAUAGAAAUUCUCAAUAUUAUUGGAUCCUUAAAGCUUUAGAUUUAAGAAAAGUUCAUAUUUGGGAUUUCAGUAGAAUGAAUUUUAUUUAUACAUUGUUGUCAAAACGUAAAUUACAAUGGUUUGUGAAUCAAGGCAUUGUCAGUGGAUGGGAUGAUCCAAGGUUCCCAACAGUUCGCGGAAUCGUACGUCGUGGAAUGACAGUUGAAGCAUUGAAUCAAUAUAUAUUGACUCAAGGAGCGUCACAGAAUGAUGUUCUAUUGGAAUGGGAUAAAUUAUGGGCAAUAAAUCGAAAAGUUAUAGAUCCUGUUGCACCCAGACACACUUCAAUUAUCAAACAGGAUAUAGUGAAGGCAAAUAUUUUGGGAGGACCCGAGAAUGCUUAUCCUAAAGAAAUGGCCAAGCAUAAAAAGAACCCAGAUGUAGGAAAUAAACAAACAUGGUUCUCUUCUAAUAUUUGGGUUGAACAAGAGGAUGCAAAUACUUUUGAAAUCGAAGAAGAGAUCACACUUAUGGAUUGGGGAAAUGCAAUUAUUAAAGCGAUUCACAAGUCUGAUACAAAUCCUAGUAUCGUUAUAGGACUUGAAUUGCAACUUCACUUGGAAGGAGAUUUCAAAAAGACUAAAAAGAAAAUUACAUGGCUUGCCGAUACUAGAUCCGUUUCUGAAGUUGUAUUAAUCGAUUAUGAUUAUUUAAUAAAUAAAAAGAAACUGGAGGAAGGCGACGAAGUUGCAAAUUUUGUCACGGAGAAAACAGAAUUUUUAACCGAUGCCUUAGCUGAUAGUAACGUUAAGGAAUUAAAGAAAGGUGAUAUAAUCCAAUUUGAGCGUCGUGGGUAUUAUAUUUUGGAUAAUGACCCCUCUGAACCGGUUCUUCGAUUUAUUCGUAUUCCCGAUGGCAAAGCUAGCAAUAUGGCAUCUAAAGCCAGUGAGAAUGUGAAUGUUGAUGGGCAAAAAGGAUGA